CUUCCUUUAUCAUUUAUUCUCACUCAUUCAUUCAUUCAGACAUUUUCACAAACACUUAGAAGAAGAAGAAGAACGAAAGAAAGAACGUUGUAAAGAGAGAGGGUGGCGACGGUGGAAGAAGAAGAAGGAGGAGAGAGGCGCAACGGUCGUCUCCACGUGUUUCUUUCGUCUCUCUUUUCAACCAUUGGCGGCGUUUUCGCCACUUCUUUUCAUCAACAAGAUACCAUGGCUUCUUCCAUGGCUCUCCCUAUCGAUCAACAACAACAACAACAACCUAGUGGUGAGAAUGAGAAAAAGGUUAUUGUGGCAGCAGCAGAAGGGAGGAACAAUAGGCGUGCAUUACAAGACAUUGGUAAUCUUGUGGCUAAGCAAGCAGAACAAAAUGUGACAAAGCGCAACACAAGAAACUUCUAUGCUAAUGACCAAGCUGCAGCAGAGAAGAACAAGAAAUCAAGCACUGAACUUGUGAAUGGAGAAGCAGUGGUUCCAGCUAAUAGGGUUGGUGUGAGGAACUUCAUUGCUUUAACAAAGUUAGAAGCAGAUAAGAAGCCACCAACAGAACAUGAAGUCAUUGUCAUCAGCUCAGAUGAUGAAUCCGAGGAAGAAAAGAAGAAGAAGCCACAAGCCGCUAAAGGAAGAAAGAUAAGGGAAGGGGUAACCAGGAAAAAUGCUAAGGCUUUCAGUUCAGUCCUCUCGGCUAGAAGCAAGGCUGCUGGACUCGCUUAUAUGCCAAAGAAAGUGGUGAACAUUGAUGCAACUGACAUGGACAAUGAAUUGGCAGCAGUGGAGUACAUUGAUGACAUAUACAAGUUCUACAAACUCACUGAAGAUGAUGGCCGUGUGCAUGAUUAUAUGGGAUCACAGCCAGAUAUAAACGCCAAGAUGAGAUCAAUCCUUGUGGACUGGCUGAUAGAAGUGCAUAGAAAAUUUGAACUAAUGCCAGAAACUCUCUAUCUGACCCUCAACAUUGUUGAUCGGUUUCUGUCCAUGAGGGUUGUUCCAAGAAGGGAGCUUCAGCUGGUUGGCAUAAGUUCAAUGCUGAUUGCUUGCAAAUAUGAAGAAAUCUGGGCUCCAGAGGUGAAUGACUUUGUUGUCAUAUCAGACAAUGCCUAUAUUAGAGAACAAGUUUUGGUCAUGGAGAAAACAAUCCUGGGAAAGCUUGAAUGGUACCUAACGGUUCCCACACCCUAUGUGUUCCUUGUUCGGUAUAUCAAGGCCUCCACUCCCUCUGAUGAUGAGAUGGAGAAUAUGGUGUUCUUCUUUGCUGAACUUAGCAUGUUGCACUAUCCUACUAUUAUCUCCUAUAGUUCUUCUGUGAUUGCUGCUUCUGCUGUGUAUGCUGCAAGAUGUACCCUUAAAAGGGUUCCUUCUUGGACUGAAACUCUUGAACACUACACAGGCUACUCUGAGGAAAACAUAAGAAAUUGUGCCAAACACAUGGUAAACUUUCAUGUUGCUGCUCCAGAAAGCAAGCUUAGGGCAGUUUACAAGAAAUUCAGCAGCAUGGAUCGCAGUGCUGUUGCUCUUCGUACCCCGGCAAAGAACUUGCUAGCACAAUCUUGAACAGCUAGUGUCAAGAACUGUGUAUUUUCUUUUAAUGUUUUUUUAUGAGUCUUUGAUAUAUUGAUAACUAUAUGUGGUUUAGGGUCUUUUGUUCAGGGAAGAUCAUUGUUGGUAUGAUCUUUAGGGAGAUAUUAUCUGGGAAGUUUGAGUUUGCUAGAUAUGAUUCUUAUUAUGUAAAGCAGAAUUUGGAUGAUAUGGUGUGUGUUUUGGAUAUGAAAAAUUAUGUGUAGCUAAUGAAAUUAGUAUUUUUUUUU